CUACUGAGACACAGGAAGAGGAGGAGGAGGAAGCACGUGACACGAUCAGCUGACUCUACCAAAAUAUUACGACAUUUUCUUCAUUUCCUCCUCUCCGUCGCUGUCCUUCCCUCCACCAUGGCUGAGGAAAUGAGGCGAAACUUAAUGGAACUGAUGAAGAGUACCGAUGACGUGCUAGGAAUUAUUGUCACAGAUCGCGACGGUGUGCCCAUAUUGAAAGUGGCGGAGGAGGAGGCGCCAGAGCUGGGACUGAGACCAACCUUCAUCUCUACCUUCAAUAUUGCCACAGACCAGGCUGGCAAACUAGGGAUGGGCAGGAAUAACAGGAUGGUGUGUGUGUACGGGAGAUAUCAGGUGGUUCACUUCAACCACCUGCCCAUGGUGGUGACAGUCAUCGCCAGCAGUGUUGCCAAUACGGGGCAACUGCUGGCGCUUGACUCCCAGAUGGCACCACUGCUCGCCAGCCUCACCAAUGUUGUAGAUGUGUAAAUGUGUGUGUGUGUGUGUGUGUGUGUGUGUGUGUGUGUGAUUUUUCUAUUUUCUUUUCAUUUUGUGUUUUUUUUCCUUGUUUGCAUUUGUUUUUAUUUUAAUUGAGUUUUUUUCUAUUUUUUUGUAUUUUAAUUUUUUUUUUCAUUUUUUUUGUGAUUUUUUUCAUUUUUCUUACUUUUUUAGUUUUUUUCCUUAACAAUUUUGUCAUUUUUUUUUUAUAUUUUUUUUUGUUAAAUUUUCAUGUUCAUAUUGUUCAUGACAAGAGCGGCAGGAUGAGUGACGAGUGGGAGGGAUCAGUGUGAUAAAUAUUAUGUUGACUGGAUGUGGUAUUACUCUUAUUAAGUCCACUACCACACUCCAAUUUAUUAUUAUUAUUAUUAUUAUUAUUAUUAUUAUUAUUAUUAUUAUUAUUAUUGUACAGAGGUGGAAACAAAAUGGAUAAAUUAUUGUUAGUGUAUUUUUUAAUUUGAUGACAAUAAUUCUGAGUGGUCAUUUCUAAGCAUAUAUUCUUUUAUACCAUAAUAAAAAAAAAACAUAAAUAAAUAAAAAUAUAAAAUGAAAUAUA